GCCUGCGCGCUGUGGCCGUGGCACAGCGGUGUUACAGUAGUAUGGCAGACUGCUGCAGUAAAUACAGUGUUGAAGAGGCGGGGUUUGACAUCUCGCCGCUGAAAACAUCUCUAAUCCAGUAUUUCAGGUGCCGAAGUCGAGCGAGCGACCAUUGCUCACCACCGCCGCGCAUCAGCGAGCCGCAGCGGGGACGCACGCCUCCGAAGCCGGAGUAAAGCAAAGAGGAAAAGUGGCCGCUGGUGGACUCCGAAGUGGACAAAAGGAAAGAAAGAAAGCCUACAAAGGGAAAAACCAAGAGGGAGUGAAGUUUCACCGGGAGCACUUCUCUGUGUGUUUUUUUUUUCUUCCUUGACAUAACCAGCGACUCCUUCGGCUCUUCUUCCCCCGAAACUCAACCGCUCUUCACCGGAGGAUAUUACUUUUUAUUUUAGGGGGCGCUUUAUCCUCUCAUAUCCCAGCUGCGUUUGCUGUCUCGACUGGAUACAACUCUACUAUGGGUGAACCUUUGAGGGGGACAAUCAUCUGCUGCUGAACGUCCUCCAGGGCAUCAGGACCAUGUGGCUAGCUUUGCUCACGGGGGUGCACAAUCCCUUCUGAAGCUACAGGAUGGUUAAAACACGUUCCCCUGUGGUUGAGAUGCAUCUUAUCAGACAGCUGAUUAACAAAGGUUUGCCAAAACGAAGACUUGGAUUGUAAUUUUUUGGGAUUUUUCUGUUUUCCUUUUUUUUUUUAAAUCUUAAAGACUUCUCAGUAAACAAAGAAAGCAAAAAGACCUUCUCCGUGAGCUGCAGACAUGGACUAGAAGCCCAUGUGUAGCGGGGCAGCUGCUGCAGCUUGUGGAAUAACUUAGCCUCGGACUUUUGGGGAGCCACUCCUUCAGGGGCCCAGGGAUCUGAUCCCACCAACACCCUGCCCUGUCACCUGACGCUCCCACCUAUCUAAAGGCAGACUCCACUAUCCAAUGGCAUGGGUCAAGUUCUUCAGGAAGCCGGGGGGCAAUCUGGGGAAAUCGUACCAGCCGGGGAGCAUGCUGUCUCUGGCCCCCACCAAAGGACUGCUGAACGAGCCGGGCCAGAACAGCUGCUUCCUCAACAGCGCCGUGCAGGUACUAUGGCAACUGGACAUCUUCAGGCGCAGCUUGAGGCAGCUACCUGGACACUUCUGUCUGGGGGAGUCGUGCAUUUUUUGUGCAUUAAAGGGCAUUUUCUCCCAGUUCCAGCACAGUCGGGAGCGUGCCUUGCCCUCUGACAACCUGCGUCACGCCUUGGCAGAGACCUUUAAGGACGAGCAGCGCUUCCAGCUGGGCUUCAUGGAUGAUGCCGCAGAGUGCUUUGAGAACAUACUGGAGAGGAUUCACCUGCACAUUGUGCCUGAGGAGACGGAUGCCUGCACUUCCAAGUCUUGCAUUACACAUCAGAAGUUUGCGAUGUCGCUUUAUGAGCAGUCUGUGUGCCGUAGCUGUGGGGCAUCCUCCGACCCGCUGCCGUUUACAGAGCUGGUGCAUUAUGUCUCCACCACCGCACUCUGUCAACAGAUGCUUCAGCGCAGAGACGAGUCUUUUGGGGAACUGUUACAAGCAGCGAGUACGAUAGGGGAUCUUCGUAACUGUCCGAGCAACUGUGGCCAAAGGAUCAAGAUCAGACGAGUCCUCAUGAACUCCCCGGAAAUAGUUACCAUUGGUUUUGUCUGGGACUCUGAUCAGUCAGACCUGACCGAGGAUGUUAUCCGCUCACUGGGGCCUCAUCUCAGUCUCUCUGCGCUCUUCUACAGGGUGACAGAUGAACAUGCCAAAAAGGGAGAGCUGCUGCUCGUGGGAAUGAUUUGCUACUCCAGCCGCCACUACUGUGCCUUCGCCUUCCACACCAAAUCCUCCAAAUGGGUCUUCUUUGAUGAUGCAACAGUGAAAGAGAUUGGCUCCCGGUGGAAAGAUGUGGUCAGCAAAUGUAUCAAAGGUCACUUCCAGCCUCUCCUCCUUUUUUACUCCAACCCUGACGGGAGCGCUAUCACCACGGACGAUGCCUCGAGACAGAACAGCAGCCACUACAAGACCCCCGUCAACGGGGAAGUGCAAGGCUUUGAGUCUCCAGUUUCAGCCCCCAAGAAGCUGGACCUCACCAGAGAGAACCUGAAUGCUCUGUUGGGCCACGAUUCCUUCAAACAGAAGACCCCUUCGACCUUCAGCAGGGGUAGUGCUCAGACCAGCGGAGGACGGGGACCAGUGAAAAUCGGCGAUCCCAGGAGUCGCUUAAAGGAGCUUUCUCGAGAAGUUGCCCAGAGAGUAGGAGAGGUUCGAGGGAUGCAUACGACCAGGAGAGAGCCGGACAGGAGCGGUCCGCGGAGGCCGGAGACCCGCCACAGAGAUCCAGGUCAGGACAGGAUCUACUCCCGCUCUGCCUCCCCUCCAGAGAACGGCUUCAAACAACACAUGGAGACUCGACUGUACAGCAGCCAAGGAAAAGGUCCCAUUCGGGCCGAGCGAACGCCGCAGCUCGGUGGCCGGUCCCCCCACGAACCCUCCCGCUCCCACUCCAGGGUCCAAGUGCUGCCCAGUGUGCCCACAAUAAGUAGUGGGCACCACAGCCGGAGACUGGAGCACCUGUCCAACGGGUACGACACCGACAGCAGCCAAGACUCCCGGGAGCGCUCUGGAAGCGCAGGCCGUAGUAGGUCCAGUCGGCCGUGGAAGCCCAUGCGGGAGGCGCUGAACGUGGACAGCGUUUUGAGCGGCGGAAAUUCAGUAAGUCAAGAGCGAAGGCAGCACAGCCCUCGGAGAAGACCCAGUAGUCAGUCGCCCUCGCGUGACCGAGAGCGAGACAGGGAUUACACGUGGGGAGGCCGGGAAGAACGGAAACCCAAGAGCCUGAUGACCAUCUAUGAGGACGAGCAGAGGCACGAAACCGGUGGCAGCCGAAGCUCGCUGGACUCAGAUGGCCGAGGGGGACACAGCGACAAGGACAGAUCUAAGGGCUCGGCGACGCUUAAAGUCCGCAAUGACAACUGGAAGAUCCAGAGAACUGAAUCUGGAUAUGAAAGCAGUGACAGGCUCAGCAACGGCUCAGCAAAUCUCGACUCACCUGUUGUGGAGAACCUGUCUUCCAAGGACCUCCGGCCCAUACCCGAGCUGCAUCUGAUGAGGGAUCAUUUUCCUCAGAGAAGAAGUGAUGACUUUAAGGCCGACAUGUUGCACUCCACGUUUUCUGCUGAUGAACAAGGAAGAAAAUCUCCAGAUCCGCAAGACGCCAACAUCCUAUCUGGGCAACCCAUACAAAGAAAAAGAGCCUUCCGAUACACGCCGGGGAUCCUGGAGAGGAACAGCGGCCUGGACAGCGAGCGGGAGGACAACGUGGACGGCAGCCCUGUGAGCCCCGUGCCUCCUUACUUAGCUAAAACCAGCAGUUCUGAGUGGAACAGCUCCGACGACCUUGCUGGACCUUUCUCUGAACAAGAAGAGACUGGCAGCGGCCACACGGACCAUUUCUCGCACAACUACCCCCCACCUUUACCCCCCAAGACUUUUGGCAGCGGCCACCCAGACCCAUCUGGCGUCCACUCCCUGCCACCAGAGGUGCCAGCACGGUUGAGCCCCCGCAAUGAACCCAAAAAUGGCCUGUCCCCUCUCUCGCACACCACCCUCCGGCGGUGGAUUGAGACGCCCGCCGAGCACAGGCUUUCAUCCGACGCCAGCUCCAAGUCGGGGUCGUCGGACCAGGACAGGAACGAUCUGUCGGCCAGCGAGAGCGACGAGAGGUUACCCAGCCCAAAGCCCGGACACGACGACGGUACGGACUCCCCCUCUCUGACGGACAUGGUUCUUCCCACCACUUACUUUUCUGUGGAUAACUGUAUGACAGACACGUACCGGGCCAAGUACCACAAGAGGCCGGCCUUGUACAUGAGAGCCGAGGACCACACGUCAUCGGGGGAGAGCGAUGUCGAAGGGAGGGGGUUACCUUUGCCAGAUCCACUAGAGCCUUCCAAAAGCAGAACAGAAUCAGGUUAUUCUACAACUAAGACUACUGCAAAGUGGAAUCCAGUCACUCAGAAAGGACUCGAUGAGCACGGGUUCCUAUGACUCCUACCAACGACCCCGUGACUGGACGCCAAAAGGAAUCGUUAUGCACUACGACUGCUGCACAGUUUGACUCCUUCCAACGGGGAUGUGUGCUUUCUCUCGUCACGCAGGAAAGUUGGACACGAAACUGGAUGCCAAAGAGAUUGUUUCAAAAGAAAUUAAAAGAACGGCAGGUGUCUUCAGUUUAGCUAUCCGGCUCCUAAAAAGCUCUGGAUAGUGAAUUUGCACAGUAGAGAGUGUAGAAAGGUACAAAAAGAAUCAUGCCUGAAACAUUAUGCUGGUAAAGGUUCGCAAAGAAUGUGUCACAUAAAGCCACUUUACCACACAAGAGAUUAAGAGAUUUAUUUCACAUGCAGAAAAACAAACGCUGUUCCUUGCAGUUCUCGCGCAUCUUAUGGAAUGCUUUACUCCCGUUUCAGUGUUAUGAGGUGUCUGCCCGAUUUCCGUCUGUCUUGGACACCUGCCUUUCAGUGGGUUUUGAUGAGCUGUAGUCAGAACUUGGGUAUUUCUUUUUGUAGAUUUCGGAAGUAAUCAUGGGCACACUUUUGGCACGGCUUUAAAAAAUGGAUCCCAAGGAUCCGCGUGAAUGUGAAUCUCCAGGACGCCCACGUUGGUUCUCGGCUGAUGUCUUUGCACAAUUGUUAAAGUGGAGGAAAAAAAAAAAGCUAACAGACUUCGGUUCUUGUUUGUACGUGGAGCUUAAUGACCUCUGCAAAUAACCAGCAUCGGUUUUUCUUCUAUCUGCCUCUGUCAAACUUUCUCCAGAGGAGGUGCGAUAAAACCAAAAUAACUCGCCCGUGAGCGUUUCCAGGAGUUGUAAGGUGAUGGGUACACAUGUUGAAUCAAUCGCUCGUCUUGCAGAGAAGUGCGCGGCACAUCCCCGUCUCCUCACAUGCACACCUGCACAUAUCCCAUCAUCUUUACAUAUUUACUGUGUCUCUGUGUCUUUGCACUGUGUUUCUCGUUUAUUAUUAUGUUUUUAUUUUUACACUCCUCGCGGUUAUAUUAUUUUCGUCCGUAGAAGAAUCAGUUUAAUUUCUCAGUCGUUUCUUAAAAAUAGCUCCUGUUAGAUGCAAGUCUGCGCUGGUGGGACGCGAACAUGUCACAGUGUAGUCGCGUCGGAACAGAACAGACGGCUCUUCUUGUUUUGUGUUUUGUUUUUUUUGAAGGGGGUUAUUAAUAAUAUGUUGUAACUUUGGCUAGUUUACUAUUUUCGGUUCAGAUGUUAUAUAUAUAUAUAUAUAUAUAUGCAGCAGACUAAUGCACAGUGCCUUUUGUAUUUUUCUAUGUCAAGGCAAGAUUGAAUUGGAGCCAUGAUUUGUACAAUUGUUUGAUUUUAAAGAAUUUUUGUAACAUUUAAUUUUAUUUUUAUUGAUUGUUAAGAAUAAACGAUUUUAUUUAACCAUA